UUUUAACUCACGUCGGACGAUCUGCCUUCAUCAAGACUCUCAGGUGAUACCUUUCACCACCGCUGAGCUCUCUUACAUCCUGGAUGGUUUACCAGCAACAACAAGACAAACUUAAACACGUUUAAAACGACGCAGAGGAAAAGAAACGGAGCGGAAUUCAAGCUGUUGGGCUGCUGGAGAUGAAAAACACCGCUGAAAUAAAACAAAACGACAACUAAACAGUAUUCCUCUUAGUUUAGAGCGUUUUCAGAGGAAGAGACUAUCUGAAACAUGAACAGUUUCUGAACAGGCGCACCAGGAGAUCCAGAGGAAGUCCUCUCAUCGCAGACUGCCCCUGCUGUAAACGCGCAGACAAAGAAGAAAAAGCUCUCUGCGAUGGAGUCCGGAAAGCAAAUAACGUUCCCGCUGAUGAUGAGCGUCGGAGCAGCUGUGAUUGGCUCCCUGCAGUUUGGAUACAACUCAGGUGUCAUCAACGCCCCUCAAAAGAUUAUUGAGACCUUCAUCAAUGAGACCUGGUAUGACCGCUACAAAGAGCCCAUCCCUAAAAGUGCUCUCACGAUCAUCUGGUCCAUUACUAUCUCCAUCUUCUCUGUAGGCGGCAUGAUCGGUUCGUUCUCUGUCGGACUUUUCGUCAAUCGCCUAGGAAGGAGAAACUCGAUGCUCACGGCCAACGUCCUGGCCUUUAUCGCCGCUGCCCUGAUGGGAUUCUCAAAGAUAGCCAACUCCUGGGAAAUGCUGAUCAUCGGCCGUUUUGUGAUUGGCCUCCAUUCCGGUCUGUCCACGGGCUUCGUGCCCAUGUAUGUGGGCGAGGUUUCCCCAACGGCCCUGCGAGGCGCUCUGGGAACGCUGCACCAGCUGGGCAUCGUCGUUGGGAUCCUCAUAGCACAGGUGUUUGGACUGGAGAUGAUCAUGGGGAAUCAUGGCAUGUGGCCGCUGCUCUUGAGCUUCACCUUCAUCCCUGCUGUGAUACAGUGCGUUCUGCUGCCGUUGUGCCCCGAGAGUCCCCGUUUCCUGCUCAUCAACAAGAACGAAGAAAACAAGGCCAAGACGAUUCUUAAGAAGCUCAGAGGAACCACAGAUGUGAGCGCAGACAUGCAGGAGAUGAAGGAGGAAAGUCGACAGAUGAUGAGGGAGAAGAAGGUGACCAUCAUGGAUCUCUUCCGUUCCCCUCUCUACCGCCAGCCCCUCCUCAUCGCUGUCAUGCUGCAACUCUCCCAGCAGCUGUCUGGGAUCAACGCUGUGUUCUACUUCUCCACCCUGAUCUUUGAGAAAGCUGGAGUGGAGCAACCGGUCUACGCUACGAUUGGAACCGGCGUCGUGAACACUGCUUUCACCGUAGUUUCUCUUUUUGUUGUAGAACGAGCAGGACGCAGGUCCUUGCAGCUCCUUGGUGUUUUGGGAAUGGCCGGGUCCGCCGUCCUGUUGACCAUCGCUCUGGCUCUGCUGGAGCAACUCAAGUGGAUGUCUUAUGUGAGCAUCGUAUCUAUCUUUGCCUUUGUGGCGUUCUUCGAGAUCGGGCCGGGUCCCAUUCCCUGGUUCAUCGUGGCAGAGCUGUUCUCACAGGGACCCAGGCCGUCGGCCAUGGCCGUAGCUGGGUUUUGUAACUGGACUUCUAACUUCAUAGUGGGAAUGGGCUUCCAGUAUGUAGAGGAGCUGUGCGGUCCUUACGUGUUUAUCAUCUUCGUUGCGUUUCUGCUCUUUUUCUUCAUCUUCACCUACUUCCGGGUGCCGGAGACCAAGGGCCGGACGUUUGACGACAUCGCCGCCGGCUUUCGUCAACCGGCCGCGGGUGGAGCAGAGAAACACUCGCCGGAGGAGCUGAACAGCCUGGGAGCUGACUCUCAGCUCUGAGCGGCUGCGUGUGAACUUUGUGACAAAAACUUACGCAGCUGAACUGCACUGGUCUGCUGAUUAGCGGCAGACGGAUCCACUGGUAGCACACUUUUUAUUCUGUCACCACAUUUCGGAGUGCCUCCUUCAGCGUGACGUCUUCUGCUGCUUCUCUCUUAAUGUGCAAAACGUGAAAGGAGAACUGAGUGGAAGUGAGUUUCUCCUUUCCGAUCGGGGGGGGGGGGGAGCUGAAGAUGUUUUUUAAACAUUUAAAAGUUGUUUUUCAAGGAGGAAAAGCUGCAUCUGCAUCAAUCCACCAGCUUCUACUGACCCUUUUUUAUGAAUAUUUUACUGAUAUGUUCGUAUUUGCGCUGUUACGGUUGACAGCUGUAAGUUUUUACUGUAACGUCUUUAGGCUCAAACACUGUUGUUUCUCUACUGUUUCUCCACCAGAUGGAGCCCUUUCUUUUCAGAAGGUGUUCCAGUGAGAAGAAAUGUUUUAUUUAAACCUUUUAUAAUAGAGUAUUCAAGCUAUGUGUUGGCUUUUUAGAGGAUUUUCUCAUAAAAGAUGCUUAUUUUGUCAAUUUUACAAGCUUUUCAUAGUUCAAGUCUCAUUUGUUACAUAAACAUUUUUGAUGAGGUCAUCAGAAAGAUAAAAACACACAGAACUUGAUUCUCCGUUCCUGUAUUUUUAUAUAAUUCAAUUUAUCUGGCUCAUAUAACCAUUUUGCUAGCGUUUCACCCCCCCAACCAGCUACCAUCAAACCAAAACCCACGGUUGUGAGUAAGCGUCCAUCUGCAGAAGCUCUGCAGACCUCUCGUUCCAGGUCAGAGUGCCCUGAUCCAGAAUAAGAGUCUCACUGUGGAGCUUUGAAGUCCGGAGCCAUGGCUCGAGAGCUGCUUGCUGUUUCUAGAGGAUUCACGUGGACCACAGAUAAUGAAAUCCUUAGUUGUGGGAGUUCUCUCUGUACUCUGCCCUCCAUUGCUCCCUCUCCGGUCCUGUGAUGUGUUAUAAAUAAGAGCUCCAUACCGCUGUCUGUUGCUGCUGUACCUCUAAUAAUCAUGUCUCCCGUUUUUACACGUGUGAAGAAAGUUAAAACUAUCAGAGCACUUAAAUGUUUAGUCAGACGCUGAGUUUUUUAUUAUUCACUCAUAACGUCACUGCAGAGAGACUGAAGCACUGCUGAUGGAGUAUUUAAUGUUUUUAGGACAGAAAAUGUGUAGAAUUGUGUUUAUUUUUUUAGUAUUUAUCAGAGUCCUGUACACAGAGGAGCAUGCUGGCAGCGGAGGUCAUUUAACAAAUCGGUUUGCUUUGAAAUUCGCAACGCAACAAACACUUUUAAUCAUUCCAAGAUUGCCUUGUUUUUAUUCACCUGGCAGACCAGUCACAGGGCAGGAUUUGUAAUUUGUUAACUGAGAGCUUUCAUGCAUCAUCGUAGCAACCAAAUACCCACAGACUUACUCUGAUUUUAUUAUAUGAAAGUGUAUUUAUGUACAUAACUUCACAUCCGGGCAUUUGGGAUUGUGUGUUUCCUGUUUGGUUGCCAGGUUUGGUUGUCUGAAGAUGCUCUAGCUCCUAAAACUCACCUCAAAUGUUGGCUUUUCCUUUUUUUAUUUGAUAUUAUUUCACAGAUAAGUUAUUGAUAAUGCAGAGCUGUUUGUCUUCUGGUUCCUCUCUGUUCCGAUGCCUUUAGAUGAAUCAUUCUAGAUUUUACAUGUAAAGAUUUAUUAGUAUAUAAUUCAGCACACAUGUAACGUUUGUAGUCACAUGAAUGUGUGUGUGAGCGUAAAUUGUGAUGGCUGAUACUGUAAAAUGGUUCAGCUGUAACAUGCAAAAGGUUUUAUUUGGAAAAUUAAAGAGAUCACACAUUCAUUUCAGUAAA